ACACAAUUUUAACUGGAAGUUAAUAUUAGAUCAUAUCUUUCGGUGUUUGCGCCAACGCCACCGUGUUAUCCAUAUUACAGUGGGUAGUAAGAGAGUUUACCCAAACCGACACCCCCCUCUCCUCUCUCUUUAAAGUGGUCUGCUCUGUCUUGCUGCCAUGUUGGAUGUACGCAUCGCCGCUGCAGCUGCAGGAGUUUCCGAAUGAAAGUUGAGCAUUUUUCCGAGUUUAAACACACCGCGAGCCCUUAAUUUCUGUAUUUAACACUAAACGGAGAAGUUACGGUUCUUUCUCGAGCAGAAGCAAGCCUGGAAAACACCCCCGUCCUCCUCCGCCCUCCAGCCGGGAGUCGGACUCAGCGGAGAUGAUCCGGUUGCAGGCCACAGCAACCGGAGCCCGCAUGGAUUUUCUGUAAUUAGUAGUGUUCGCUGAGUCCGUCCAGGGAUAACUGCAUCGUUUCGGGAUAGACUAGAAGAAUACGGAGCCAUGAACAGCCACCCGCAGCCCCGCAGGUCUGUUAACGUCGGCUCCAUCCUCCUGACCCCGCAGGAGAACGAGUGCCUGUUCGGCUACCUGGGCAGGAAAUGCGCCACUCUGUGUUCGGCGGUGGUCCAGGUGUAUGGCACAGACCGGAGCUGCAGCUGGGUGAAGAGGUGCUGUGGAGUGGCCUGUUUGGUCAAAGACAACCCACAGAGGUCCUACUUCAUCAGAGUGUUUGACAUCAAGGAAGGGAAAACCAUGUUUGAACAGGAACUGUACCACAACUUCUCCAUCAGCAGCUCCAGAUCUUACUUUAUCUCAUUUGCAGGAGAUACCUGUCAGAUCGGUCUGAACUUCGCCAGUGAAGAAGAGGCCAAAAGAUUCAGAGCUGCUAUCAAUGACCUGCUCAACCGACGACAACGUAAAACCGAGAAGAGAGGUGACCCUAGAAAUGGUCCAGCUCUGCACAUGGCCACAGUGGACAUCAAGAACCCGGAGAUCAACAACGUCCGAUUCCACAACUCCCACAGUCACCAGCAGCCGUACCACCUCAACAACAUGCUGAGCCACAGCGGGCUAACUCGGAAGGACAAGAAGACCAAAGGCAAGAAGAAGAAACUGACCAAGGCCGACAUUGGCACGCCCAGCAACUUCCAGCACAUUGGUCACGUGGGCUGGGAUCCGAACACAGGUUUUGAUCUGAACAACCUGGACCCUGAACUAAAGAACCUGUUCGACAUGUGUGGCAUCUCUGAGGCUCAACUGAAGGACAGAGAGACAUCCAAGGUCAUCUACGACUUCAUCGAGAAGAAGGGAGGCGUGGAGGCCGUCAAGAACGAGCUGAGGAGGCAGGCACCCCCUCCACCUCCUUCUCGUGGCGGUCCCCCUCCUCCCCCUCCGCCUCCCCACAGCUCGGCUCCACCCCCUCCUCCUCCUCCGCCCUCCAGAGGUGGCAGGGGAGCCCCUCCUCCCCCGCCUCCUUCCAGAGCCCCCGCCUCAGCACCUCCUCCUCCGCCUCCCUCCAGACCAGGAACUCUGGGUGCCCCACCUCCGCCACCUCCUCCCACCAGGGGAGGUCACCAGCCCCCUCCUCCUCCCCAUCAUCACCAUCACCAUCACCAGCCUCCCCCACCUCCUCCUCCUCCGUCACACUCCUCUAUGGCCCCCCAAGCCCCGCCCCCUCCACCUCCGCCGAUGGCCCAGCAGUCGCCAGUAAGCAGUGGCGGCGGCUCCGCUCCUCCUCCUCCUCCUCCGCCUCCACCUCCCCCUCCCGGCCCCCCUCCCCCUCCAGAGCUGGAUGGUGUUGGAGGAGGCGGAGACUCUCCUCAUUCGCCAACCCCUGGUGGGAAGUCGGCACUGCUGGACCAGAUCAGAGGAGGAACCCAGCUGAAGAAGGUGGAGCAGAACAACCGAGUGCCGGCCUCCGGCGUGGGAAGAGACGCCCUGCUGGACCAGAUCCGACAGGGAAUCCAGCUCAAGACCGUGUCAGAUAACCCAGAGUCCAACCCUUCAACGCCAGCUCCCACUGCAGGCAUCGUCGGCGCCCUUAUGGAGGUGAUGCAGAAGAGGAGCAAAGCCAUCCAUUCCUCAGACGAAGACGAGGAUGACGAAGAAGACGAGGACUUCGAAGACGAUGACGAGUGGGACGACUAGUGAAUAUGUCUUUCUUCAACCGUGGUCACGCCGCACCUACCGCUGACACUAAAAUAUCUUCCAGCAUCUGACUAAAAUUAUAAUGUAAAUGUUGUAUGAAUUGGCUGUAUAUUUAUUUUUGCCUUUCUGCUUUUUGUUUUUUAUGACUAUUAUCAUUAAUCUGUGCAAUACCUCAUCCGUUAAAUCUGUAGCGUCACACACCCUCAUCGUUAAAAGAAUACACUUUCGCCGGGACAUCCUGUCAUUAGAAAGCACUUAACACCGCCAUCAGCACAAUGUGGAGACACAGCCGGCUUCAUGUCAGUAUCAGUAAUCAAUAAUAUAAAACACUAGCUGCUCCACUGAGAAGAAUCGGAAUUGGAGUUUUCGUGUGCUCCUUUGGAAAUAUUUUUCUGUGUUCGUUUGUUCGCGUUUUCAUUCCUUGUUGAAGAAACUGAAAAGGGAGCUGACGUGCGACCAAACAGGCAGGAUCCUCUUUGUGUUAGACAGUGGUCGGUUUAAAUGCGAGAUAACACUAUUUUCUUACCGUGCUUCUUUUCGUACCUCCGAGUUUCCUAAUAAACAAUAGUUUAGUCGUGUUAUUUUUUUCAGAAAUCCUUUGACCAAAUUGCGGCGGCUCGGUCGUCUCAUGGAUUUCCAACUUUAAUUUUUUAUGACAUUAAAGCCGUUUAUUUGCACACAGUUUAUAUGAUAGUUCAGUUUUGUGUUUUUCAGAUGUGAGUUUUGUCAAAUAAUUUUGUAUUUUAUUUCAAGCAGGUUACAGUGACGAUGGACAGUUUUAGAAGCUAAAGGUUUUGCAAUAUCUUGACCUUUAAAUGGGACUACAAACAUGACUGACGAUGUUUCAGUUUGUGACUUCAUUUGGCUUAAUGCAAAAACACGUCUACUCACACAACACUGUGGCAUUUGUGAAAUUAUGGAAGUUUUGUUCUUAAUGUCUGGUUGGUUGUUUUUGUUGUGGCAUCAUUCUGUUAUUUCCUGCUGGAGGAAACAUCAGCAGCGCUCUGGUCAGUAUUUCACACAUAUAACACAUCACGCAAAGAAACUAAAAGAUUAAAAAUUAAUUCAUCCACUUCCGUCCUUCAGUUAACGAACUAUAAUUUUAUGCAAUGCGACUGUAAAUGCCUCCUUACGGAGAAUUAUAAAAAAAAAGCAAAUAAUGAACCAAAUGUGGCAUUUGCAAGCAGCUUGUGGGUUUUGCGAUGCCUGUAAUCCUCCGUCUGUAAACGGUGUAAAGAAAUAACCAACGCUCGUUUUAACUGUUCGUCUUAUAGUUUUUACCGUCCUCCAGCGAGGCUUAAUGCUGCAUCGAGAAGCCGAGAUACUGACAGAGAACCUGUGAAAAGGGGUUGGGGGGUGGCAGGGUUGGGAGCAAUGAGAAAACUAAAUUGUAUACUUAAAUAAAUGUUAAUAUUUACAGAGAAA